AUGGGGCACGGGGGGGCAGGCGGGAUUAGCAGCGAGAAGGGUUACGGGAAUACGCAGCGAGACGGUGGGGGGGAGAGGGGGGGGAAUACGCAGCGAGACGGUGGGGGGGAGAGGGGGGGGAUACGCAGCGAGACGGUGGGGGGGAGAGGGGGGGGAAAUACGCAGCGAGACGGUGGGGGGGAGAGGGGGGGGAAUACGCAGCGAGACGGUGGGGGGGAGAGGGGGGGGAAUACGCAGCGAGACGGUGGGGGGGAGAGGGGGGGGAAUACGCAGCGAGACGGUGGGGGGGAGAGGGGGGGGAAUACGCAGCGAGACGGUGGGGGGGAGAGGGGGGGGAAUACGCAGCGAGACAGUGGGGGGGAGAGGGGGGAAUUAGCAGCGAGACGAGGGGGGGGGGGGAGGGGGGAAUACGCAGCGAGAGAGGGGGGGGGGGGAGGGAAUAAGCAGCGAGGGAGGGAGGGGGGGGGGGUGAAGGAAGCAGCGAGAGGGGGGAGGGGAGGGAAUAAGCCUCCGGUGUUGGGUCUCUCUACCCCGCCACCUCGCAACUCCGGCCCCCGCACAGUGCCACUUCCUAUUCAUCUCUCCCGCGCCCUCCCUCCCCCCUUGAACACAUCUGUGCUCAUCCUCGGAGAGCACCUUCUAUCCCCUCCUUCCCCCCCUCUCAAAACGUACCCCUUUCACAUGUCUCCCUUGCACCUCUGUGUACUUCCCUGCACCCUGCCGCUCCCAACCGCACCCCACGGGCAGGCGGGGUGGAGUGUGGAGCUGCCGCACGAGGCGCUCGAGCCCACUGCUAACUGCUCCUCCGCCAACCCCACCGUCGUUACCGCCCCUCCCUCUCGCCCCAUCUUUCCUCCCCUUGCCUUUUUUAUCCCAACUUUCUCUUUCUCCCCACUUCCCCCGUUCAGACGAGCCAAUGUUAUUCAAGCCGCCUGUUCCACUUGCCACCAGUGUUCCGUCUCUUGCACCAUGGACGCCUCAACCUCUCCCCCCACCGUUUUCCCCUCUCUCCCCCCUUUCCCAUUCAGACGAACCUAUGGUACUUGGAACGUCCAUUUGACCUGCGACCUGCCCCCCGUCUUCUCCCUCUGCACCAUGGACGCCUGCUUCAGCUUCUUCUCCCCCACAUUCCUUCUCUCCCCCCUCUUGCAGACCAACCUAUGGUACUCGGAGCGGCCGUUCCACCUACCGCCCGUGUUCCCCCUGUGCACCAUGGACGCCUGCUUUAAUUUCUCGCGCUGCCCCUCACCGCCCGCCCGCGAGCCCCUCGUGUACUCCUACUGGCCCGGGCCCAAGUACUUUGCCCGAUUCAACACCACCAGGUGGCACACGGACGACCCCAGCAAGGCGUGCUUCUUCUUUGUCUUCAUGUCCGCGGGGCACCCCCGCCACUUCAAAGACCUGCCCUUCUGGGGGGAGGACGGCCAUAACCAUGUGCUUAUAAGGUGGCAUGUUCUUAUAAGGCGAUAUGUGCUCAAGGUGACAUGUGGCUAUAGGGUGUCAUGUCCUUAUAAGUACGUACGCCUCAUGCCUGCCCAUCUCCUCCCUCAAACCGCUUCCCCCCACGCCCUCCUUCCUCCCCCUGCACGGCAAGCCAGCUUCGCAGACAACUGGAGUGGGCCACCGGCGUGGAGUGUGGGCAAGGCGGCGCUCAUGCUCACAGCCGCGCACCUCACCGUGCACCGCGCAGCCUUCGACGUCUCCCUGCCGCUGCCGCCCACCUGGAAGCGCCACGCGGCGGGGCUGCGGUCGGUGCCAGUGGGUGCGCGGCGGUACCUGCUGACGUUCAUGGGCACGCGCUACCUGGGCUCCAUGCACGGCAGCUUCCGCAGCUCCCAGGCGUUCAAGGCGCUGCACAAUGGCAAGGACAUCAUCGUUGUCACCCAGUGCGGAGGGUCGACGAACCGGAGGAUAAUCGAGGAGGACCCGUCGCUGCUGCCCGAGUGCACAGCGGACGCAGCCCUAUUCCGCUCCUUCUCCUACCCCGCCCUCAUGAACUCCUCCUUCGCCCUCGUCCCCGCCGGCCGCCAGGCCUCCACCUACCGCUUCAUUGAGGUCCGAGCCUUGGAGGGGGAGAGGGGCGCAGGGGUGUGGGUGGGUGUGUGGGCGCUGACAGCUGGCGCGAUACCAGUGGUGGUGGCGGACAACUGGAAGCUGCCGUUUGACGACAUCAUCCCGUGGCACCGCUGCCUGCUGCUCUUCCCCACCCACCUUCUCUCGCGCAUCGAACCCACCCUGCGCGCCAUUACCCCGCAAGCAGCGGAGAAGCGGCGGCAGCGAUGUGUGUCGAUAUUUGAGGAGUAUUUAGCGUCAGACGAUAUCCUCAUGCGUUCAGCCAUGACUGCCCUCAAAUCACAUGCCGGGGGGAUCUUCCCGCUGUAA